AUGUCUGCGAUCAUAACAGCAGUUUUCAAAGCGACUGUUGGAUGGCUUGUGGAUAAAAGCAGAGAUGAGCUAGCAAAAGAGCUUAAAGAUGGCGACGUAACAGAUCAACGGUUUCGCGGCAUCAUCAUGCGAGAAAUCGAUGACAUGAAGUCCAAGCUGGAUGGAUUAUCAAGGAGAGAUUUGCUAGCCAGUAUUAGCUUCUUUAGAGAAGGAAUCGAGUUGCUGUAUGAAGUAUUUGAAGGGACAAGGUCGAGGAGUGAAUAUGGCGCGGAUACAGCACAGGCGGCAUGUGCGGACGUUCUCUUGCUUACUGAAGGAAUGAAACACUUGAAGCGUACUGAAUCUGCCAAAAGACAGCUUACCAAUGCAAAGAAGAGAUUCGAACGUGCUCGUGAAAUGGCAACAAUUGCUUUUUCAAAUGAAGCGCUAUCAACAAGUGACCGCAUCUUAGCAAUGCAGUGCCGAGUGAUGGCAACAGUAUUAGAAACAAUAGACCAUCCUGCAGAUGCUGUAGCAUCAUGUAAAGUGUGCAUUGAAGAGCUAAACGGUCUGCCCGUGGUUCAGCGAAGUUUUCAAGAACAGCUCAGGACAGGUAUCAUGGCAGUGAAGAGUUUAUUUAACAAAGAAGAACGACGGAAAGUUAUUUCCGGUGUCUGUCUUGUCAACCGCGUCGCCUACGAUGUCACACAAACAGUACACGUCGAAAAACCAUUUACAAAUAAACCAUUUGAAAAAGAAUUAUUUCCACCAUUGCCCAUGAUUGACACAGGGAAGGAGAAAGUUGAUCUGUUGCGAGACCGGAGAGUAACAAAUAUACUUCGUAAACAGGGUAUGGAGAAGUGUAGUGUACCAUGGAUACGUUGUCAUGAUGGCGAAGAGGAGACCGGGAUAUUUAAUAUUACUGCUAUCGCCACCAACUCAAGUGGGCAAUAUAUUGCAGCAAACAAUUUCUCGACAAUCAAGGUGUAUGACAGCAGUGGCAAGUUUGUGCAAUGUUUCAGUCUUCCUCCUUUAAUUGAUGACAGCCGUAAAGAGCUAUCGAUUCAAUUCGGGGUUCGGCUAACCACAGACAUGAAUGACAACAUUUAUGUCCUGGUCCAAGAAAUAAGUGGUGAGUACCCAUUCUGGAUUUCUAAGUUUAACAAAACCGCUGAUCAUCAUCACAAGUUUCGCGUCAGGACAAUGGACCAUAAAUUUGAGCGGUGUGAACUGUCGGUCAGUGAUAGUGGUAAAGUGAUGGUACUGAGGGGAAACUGGAGCGAGGCACAUAUUGUGGAUGUUUAUGAGACUGAUGGUCAGUUUGUUUGCAGUUUUGGAGAACAAAUCUUGACCAGCAACUGCGACAUCACCAGUGUAAGUGAUGGCAGAGUUAUGGUGGUACAAGGGUCUUCGUCAUGUGUUCACAUAUUUAGCGAACAAGGUGACCAUCUAAACACGUUUGAUCUGCAAAUAUCUAUGGCGUUUUCAAACAUUGCAUUUCAAAGGGCAAGUCAACAUGUCGUGGUGGUCGGUGAUAAGGACUAUAAUCCAGACAUCUUGCAUAUAGAAAUUUACACCAAAGAUGGUGAGUUUGUGCGAAGUACUCCUGUCAAUUUUGGACAGUCCUAUUAUCUGAUAGGGAUGGCAGUGAUCACUGACGACCGCAUUGCACUAGUAACUUGGCUUGAUGGUUUAGGACGAAAAGUAAUCAUUAUUUAAAAAUCACGCUUAGUUUACAGACUAAGUGCUUUGCAUCAAUAAUCAUGCAAUUAACAUAGUAAGCACAAUGUCUUUAUUUUCCACACAGCAUGAUGUAACUUAAGACUAAAGUUUUAUGUCCAAAAUGAAAGCUUUUAUAGCCUCAAUUUAUUAACUUUUGAUGCGUUGGAAUAUAAUUGAACUAAUGCGAUGCAGUUUUGAAAUUUUUCUUGGAAAAUAAGUAUUACAUCAUUGAUCAUGUAGGAACUUUAUUGAUGGCUCUAGGCUUAGCUAGAGAUAUGAUGCCUAUUUGGAAACCAGCUUGUGGUCCUCACCUCUUUAGAUGUGUUAAUAAAAUUGCACAUUGUAACUGCCAUAUAUCUCUUUGUAAUGCGAGGAAAUAUUAUUUUAAGUCAUGGCAAGGUGACACGUCUGACACAGCGAUAAUCUGAGAUAUUUGUUUAUGAUUCUCUUUACCUAUUUACUGGAUAAUGUAUGGAUAUUUUGAAGAGAAGUUGAACUGAUGUGAUUCUCUUGUGUGUGUGAAAGGGGUUGAUAUCCAGACUCUCUCACACGUAUGUGCGUCAUUUUAUAUUUUAAUCAUGGUGUUCUAUCUUUCGAUGAUUUUAACAUUAGCCUUUAUCCGUCUUUUCAGCGUAAUGCGUGGACAGUUACCGCUAUGAUAGGGCCAAUGUUUGCUUAAGUGGUUUGAGCACUUGUUCUUUUCUUGUCGAAUGUUUCAUUAAUCAAAUUUAGUAUUUUAUUUGGCUGUUGUUUCCUGCGUGACAGUUUUCAGACAAGGCCAAUUUCUGCGGUGAACUUUGUCGCGUGAUAAAUUUAGAUGGCAAAAAAUUAGUAUAAUCAUCCUCGGAGAUCAAAUUAAACUUGUCAGUAAAUGCUAAUUAAUUCAUAGAGAGCAGAGCACGUGGGUGGGAUGAUGCGAACCUUUGCUCUGCUUGGCUACUCAAGCAGGCAAAAUGGAACUCUUGCCCGCAAACGAAAAUUGUAAUUUUUUUGGUAUCUAGUGGAAACUGAAAUAUAAUCAGUAAAUCUUACCACUUGCUGGAUUUGUUCUUGUUUUCCCUUAUGUUCUUCUUUUUUGUAUGAUUUCGUUGAACUUCGAAUACAACUCUUGCCCCACAGCUUCCAAGUUGCCGUACCACGUUCUCCCACCUCUAGUUCUUUUGCAAUCCUUUGUUUCCCAACUCCCGGCCCUCUUUGUAUUACCCCCGUCUUCACUUUGAUUAAAAAGACUAUUAAUUGAACUAAUUGCAUAUCCAUCAUGUUAAAUUUUCGCUCUUCGCCGGAAGCAGCUGUUGUCGUGAGCUGUAUGAAAGCUGGCUCCAACGAAUGAUUCAAGUCACUACUCAUCCAUUGUUAAACCGUUUGCAUUUUUGAGCGUUCAGUUUAAUUAAGCGCUGAUAGACUGUUAUUGCACAUUAUUAUUCGGUUGGUCUCGAAGUCACAUUUUAAAACUACUCGGAUUUCUUCAAGAAAUUGAAAUCUUUUUAAAACCUCUGCAGAAAGGUUUAAAAGUUGUUCAUACAUUCUAUGAUACAUUUAUUCACUAGCGGUAUGAUUCAGCUAUGUGAUUGUGUGAUUUUAACAGAAGCAUUUGCAGAAAGGAGGACUGAUUUUUCAUUGCCACAUACAAAAAUACUGAGGCUGAUCAAUAUGACCUUGGACGACGUUGGACCUAACUCACUUUGCUCGCUGAAUAAUUUCGACUGCUGACACUGUUUACAUGUUUCAUGUCCUCUCGUUCAUGACGUAUGACGCAACCGACUUCGAGAGGUAUCUAAUUACACCGGCUGAUUCGUUUCCUCACGAAUGCAAUCAUCUUUAAUGCUUCGGUGGACCUUAAAUGGAAUUAAGUGGAAAAAAAAUCCUUUGCUGGGUACAGGUUUUUCACUGGUUGGUGAGCAGUAGGAAACAACAAACGAGUGCCUUUUCAACUUCUCUCAAUUUUCCCUCUUAAGCUUCUGCCUUCUGUUCUCCGAGCUCGUUCCUCUUUGUUACCCUCCACGUUUGUGGUGCAAGGCACUCUUACCCAAUAAGUAUUGCGCUUGAACUCGUGUUGUCCGUGAAGGACUCCCAUCGAACGAACGAGGGUUGCAAGUGUUGAAGAAACAUGGAAUUGCCAGCAACCACCGAGCAAGACAAGUAAACGAGGAUGAUUUUCGUCGUUUCAUUGUAAUGUUGGCCUUUGAUGAGGGCAAUGUGCGAGGUCUUAAUGAAACUUUUAAGCCAAACGACGGCACUGCGCGAUUACACUUUUUCAUAAAAUAGAACAACAGUUUAUCAGCUCUAUGCGAGACAGCAGCGUGCUGUUCACUUACACAGGCAUGACGUGUUAACUUUCCAUUAGUGCUCAAAUCGAGGUGAUAACCAAUUACGUUCGAGAAUUUUGUUGUAGUUUUGAUUAUGGAUCAAAUAACUGGUAAUUACUCGCAAGAAAAGUAAACGAACACUUCACAUUAACUUUACUAGUUUCUUAAUUCCUUCAAGUGAAAAAAAUUGUUGCAAUCAAAAUCUAUUUGAAAGCAUUUUGACGACGUUUAGAACGUACUUCGCGCGACCAUCUCAUUAAAGGUAAAAGGUUUCUACAUAUGUUAUGGUAAUCUAAAUCUAAUAAUAUAUAUUUUUUCUUUUUUACCGUUUUUACAUAAUUCAAAGCAACAUAUGCCAGCUGAAUAACUGACGCGUAACAUAUGCAGAGAAGAUGACGGACUUUUUUCAUGUAACUCGCAAGGAAUAAUUGUAAUUUAGGUAUUACUAAACGACUUUGAAAUCGCAACCUAUAAGCCCCAGCUCAAAAUGUUUUCGACCAAAAUGAUUGUUAUGUAAAAAAGUUAUUAGCUGUCUGUCAUACAAAAACGCCGUAUAUCAAAAAGAUAAAUAUUGGCUAAAAAAUGACGGUAAACAUUUUCAACGGAAGUAAGAGUUUUAAUUCAGUGGAUCUUAAAACCUUAACAUCAUUUUAAGCGGGGAUUCCUAGAAAUGUGAUUUCUGAGAGUCAUAUAUAGUAGCUACCCUUGUGGCAGCUGAAUCGAAAUUCUCCCGACAGAAACAAGAACUUUCAAAUAUUUAGGGAAAAAAAAGACUAUUUGAGGAAUGAGAAAUUUCGGGAGCUCUUGUACCCACGGCUGUUCUGCACAUUUCCAUAAUCUCGUUUUUAUAUUUGUUGUUUCGUUUAUUUUUUUUCCUAACAGUCCAAAAACAUGCCGAAUUUUUUAAAGGUACUUUGCCAAUUUCUUCUGAUAUCUGCCAGGAUAGGAGUGGUUUGGUUGAGUACGCGUGCGUUGACUACAGGUUUCGGAAAUCAUUGUUUCAUGACCCACCUAAGUUCAGGCUGAUGAGAGUAGUUUAGUUACAAGCAGUUUCUCACAGGGAAGAUACUGGCAAGCGAGGUACCUGGUAGAAUUGAAAGAAUAUCGCUCUCGUGUUUGCCUUUUUGGUGCAAUGAACGUGUCAGUUGCCCGAAGCUGCUUACUUAUGGAGUGGUGACCCUCCAUGCCUCGUAAGUAGAGGCUAUAGAUUGAAACAUCCCUUCGUGAACUAAGGCUCAAUUGCGAAAAUGGAGCUCUUUUCUUCUGACGCCAGAGGGCAGAAUAAUUCGUUUGGGAACGAUAAAUCCUUUUCAAAUAGCUGACUCAUUUCCUCAUUCUUGUGAGAUCUUCUGUGGUAGGGUGACGCCAGUAAUUUGGAUUGACGAUAGUCUAAAUCGCGAAUGACGCUUCAGUGACUCAUGCCAGACUUUCUUAUCGUUUUAUUUCAUGUCAUAACGAUUUUUUCUGCUUUCUCAACCCUUUCUCUCUUGGCUCUAUUGCAUUGCUAUAUUCGACAAAACCCAUUUGACCCCCCUCCUCCCCCCAAAAGAAAUCAGUCUUAUGAAUCAACGAAGCUAUCUCUCGAGCCAGAGUUCUUGAGUCUUUUUCUCUUUUUAUUUUUUGCUUCACUAUUUCCCUCCUUUCACACCUUAAGUACUUCACGUUGGAGACCUCGAGGAAAUUCGUUGACAUGCUUAGUUCGCUGCCUUGUGAGAGAGGAUAAUUUGAUAUGAUCAACUGAGUUGAUAUCGUAAAUUGGCCACUGUAAAGAGUUUCAAAGCUGAAGUUUCGAGCGUUAGCCCUUCGGCAGAACGAAGCUUUGUACUAGAUAUGGAGGAAAAGUUUAACUGAGGUGACUGAUAGGCUAUAAAAAAUUUUAUGGCCCUGUGCAUCUUUCUGUUAUGAGAUAUAAAAGUUUAAAGUUAGGACAAACUUAUUCAAUAUUCUUAAAAAUUGCAAUAAUUUACGUAAUGAAUUUUCAUUAGGAGGGUUAUCUCGUGGAUAAAGUUUGUAACUACUGAAGUGUACAGCUGUUUAUUUUCCUUGUGAUAUUCAUAGCCUCAGUCUUUUGGACUGUUACCAUUCUUGGAUAUGUUCAGGAUUUAGAACUGGUUUUGCCCUGGCCUUUCCACUGCUUUGUUGUGGUUAUUUAUCGUGUGGAGAAAUUUGAAUUUAUUGGUGUUGUGAUAUUUAUUUUAUGGUUUCCUGAGUAAAUGUUUAUACUUGUGUUCUAAACUUCUUUAACUAAGAGGAGUGACAUGACACAGUUGUCGAGCUAUGUAGAAGGAAGGGACUAUCAACAUCUGACCGCAUCUUAGAAAUGCUAAACCGAGUGAUGGUUACAGUACUAAACACGUUAGACAGUCCCACGGAUGCUGUAGUAGCAAGUAAAGUGUGUAUUUAAGAGCUAAACGCGGUCUGCAGUGGCAUGAAAGACCAGGACAAAACCAGUUCUAAAUCCUGAACCUAUCCAAGAAUGAUAACGGUCCAUGCAGAAGCUAUGAAUAUCACAAAUUUUGUCUACCAGCAUAUAGAUGUUGCCGUUCAUUUCUGUGGCUUAAUUAAGCGUCACCCUGUCACCUUAUCAAUCGAUAGAUAUUUACCAUUGUCAAAAAAAAGAGCUGGAAUCAAUGCCCUUAAGGGAUUCGUUUGAUCAGUAAAGAAAAAGAAAGAAAUCAUUUCUGGUGUCUGUCCCGUCGAUCGUGUCGCCUAAUUGUCACACAAUCUAUAUACAGUGGGGGUUUACUGCUCCGGAAUGGCUUACCGUUGAUACAGAAGAGGAGAAAGUUGACAUGCUGCAUGACGUGAGGAUAGUUAAGGCGCUGCGUAAACAGGAUAUGGAGCAUCGUAAUGUAUCAUGGAUACUUGGUCAGGAUGGUGUAUAGGAGUACUGGAUAUAAAUGAUCCGUGUUAUAUCGUUACCAGCUCACGCGGGCGAAAUAUUGUAGUAGACUGUGACUUGACAAUCAAGGUGUUUGACAACAGAGGCAAGUUUGAGAAAUGUUUCAGAAUUCCAGCUCUUCUUGCUGACAAUGAAAAUACAAGAAACAGUCUUUAAAAUCGCGGUUGUUUGGAGUACAUUCUGUACAUCUGUUAAUCUGAUAUACACUCUGAUGGUAUCAGAUGCUGAUAUAAUAGGGUUUAUAGCUAAACUGGAUGGUAACUCUAAAGUUUCAUCUCGUCAACCGUGAUUAUAAAGAAUUUCGAAAGGGGAAAGUUUCUAGCCUAAUUACUGCAGGAAUCUUGGCUCUCAGGGGGCUCAGCUUUUCACAUGAAGAGACAAUUAUUACUCAGUGAGCCUUAUUGUUUUAGAAGGAAGUCAGUGAUUGUUAAAUUCAUGCCUCUGAAGGCAUACUGACACAAAAAAGAAACCUUGACGGUUGAAAAUCAGCGAGUGGAAUGCAGACCGGGCAAUGUAAUAAGUUGUUUAAUUCAGGGUUUCCGACAAAAGAAGCACCUCUUCCUCUUCCUCCCAAUAUUUAUCACCAAUGGCAGCAAAAUCUAACAAGAAUACGAUACCUAACAAACUCGUCUGUGACCCUAGUUUCUGUUAUUUUAGUCUGUUUCCUCUAAGUAAAGAUCGAAAUCCAUCUUUGGGUGAUGGUUUGGUCAAUUCUGAGAAAAUGGAAGCCAAGGAAGAAAAGAAUAAGGUCUCUUUGAUAGUUAUUUUGGAUUUGUUGUGUUGUUUGUAAGUCUGUGUUCAUCAUGUGGGUCACGGUUCACUAAGGCAUUGUCAUCACGUGCGUAUUCACAAUUUUUCAUUUUGAAAUUGAGACAGUUCAUCGUGCAUGGCACGUGAUGAAAGUUCGUUAAGUUGUUUUUAAUUUCGGCGAGAAAAAGUGAACCAGGAGAUAAGGAGCAAAAGAUAGGGAAAGAACAUCUGGUGUAUAUGUAGCUACGAGAAUAUUUAUCUGUGAAUGAAUGUGAAAUUUACCUGAAUGUUAUAUAUAUACCCAGCGAUAUCCAUUUGGGAGGGGUGACACUUUCUGUAAUGCUGUAUACAUUGCUAUACGUUCAGUGCUACUUAAAUAAAUACCCCCCAAAAUAAAAAAACACUCACACGAGAGAAAAAAAAAAAGACGAUAAAAAAACACAAACAGAAAAAAAAACCCGGCCAAGUAAAACUUGGUCAAUAAGUAUUUUAACUUAUGACAAGACCAUAAGUGAUGAAAAUUCCCAAAAUGUUGUUUCAACCUAAAUGGGACGCGAUAGACGGGCGCACGUCGGACAACCACGAACAAGAUUCAAGAUUCCUUUAAGUUUUUCGAUUCAGAACAAGAAACUUACGGUUUUUUCCCUAUCUUACUAUAUAUUAGUUGAUGUUAUGAAGAGCAAUAACUAUUGUUGAUUGGUUAAACUUACUGUAAAAAGAGACACGCUGCUGAAAAAGUGAAGUGAUCUGUGUUGUGUUUUGCUCUGAGUGGCUCACCUUGCAUUUUCACUUUCUAAUCAUCUGAUUACACUGCACUACUUAAUGAUGCAUAAAACACUCAAAAGAAGCUAACAUCAGUGACGUGCAUGAAAGACAUAUUAUUCAUAACAAAAUACAGGUUAUGUUCCGUAGCCUUCCUUUGUCAACUGUAUAGUGUAAAGCUGGGCGAUAACGAUAUCUGGUUUGAAAUCAUAAUUUAGCGUAUGGGUUUGAGUCUAUAAAUAUAAACUCAGUCUUUCACCCUCUGAGUUCACACGGCUCGCUUUUCAACCCAUGCUGUGAGAAGGGAUUCCAAAGAUUCUUGAAGUCAAUUAGAUUGUACGUUUGUGGGGCCGAAACCCGAUAAGUAGCCAAAUACUAAUUUGGUUGAAGGAACCCGUUCCAGCUCCAGUUGUGGUAUAACAGUUAUUUAUUAAGGGUAACAAAGUAAAGAAAGAACUCAGUAUAAGUAAAACACAAUACAGCUGGGAACAAAGCUAACAACAAAGGAAGAUUCAUGAACAAUAAUCAUCCUUUUUUGCCUCGGGCAUCAAACAACAUUUCCAUUGAGAAGUCGAAUGAUGCCGUGACGUGAUUGAAAAUUUCAAUGAUAACGAGUAACAUUUUAUUCAAAAAAACAAAGAGAGCUUCAGAUUGUACUUUUACUGAUACCUGUCAGGGAUUUCAAAUGCUCACAUUAUCAAUCGUUGGCGAAAGGAAGAACUUAAGACCACAACAGCCUAUUUGAGUGUCUGCAUUGAGCAACAUAACUUUUCAAAGACAAAUAUGUUUUUCCAACAAAGGAUUAUUUGAAGAGGCUAUAAAUCUUCACGCCAUCAUUCCUUGAUUGCUUUCUCUUUGUUAUGCUUUGUUUUUUUUUUUAUUUUCUGGGCUGACAGCUAUUAUCAUUCCAAAAUUGCAAUCAUUCUUGAAAUUUUGCCAUCAUUUGUUUUUUCUUUUGUUUUCAUCGACGCUUGAGGAGUUACUUAUUGUGAAGAUUCACUUAAAAAAGCUCCCAAUUUCUUCUGAUUACUAAGUUGCAAGCUGCCAUUAUGUCUGCGAUCAUAACAGCAGUUUUCAAAGCGACUGUUGGAUGGCUUGUGGAUAAAGGCAGAGAUGAGGCAGCAAAAAAGCUUAAAGAUGGCGACGUAACAGAUCAACAGUUUCGCGGCUUCAUCAUGCGAGAAAUCGAUGACAUGAAGUCCAAGCUGGAUGGAUUAUCAAGGAAAGAUUUAUUAGCGAGUAUUGGAUUCUUUAGAGAAGGAAUCGAGUUGCUGUAUGAAGUAUUUGAAGAGAAAAGGUCGAGGAGUGGGUAUGGCGCGGAUACAGAACAAGCGGCUUGUGCGGAAGCUGUGUCACUCGCUGAAGGAAUGAAACACUUGGAGCUUACUGAAUCUGCCACAAGACAGCUUACCAAUGCAAAGAAGAGAUUCGAACGUGCUCGUGAAAUGGCAACAAUUGCUUUUUCAAAUGAAGCGCUAUCAACAAGUGACCGCAUCUUAGCAAUGCAGUACCGAGUCAUGGCAACAGUAUUAGAAACAAUAGACCAUCCCGCAGAUGCUGUAGCACCAUGUAAAGUGUGCAUUGAAGAGCUAAACGGUCUUCCCGUGGUUCAGCGAAGUUUUCAAGAACAGCUCAGGACAGGUAUCAUGGCAGUGAAGAGUUUAUUUAAUAAAGAAGAACGACGGAAAGUUAUUUCCGGUGUCUGUCUUGUCAACCGCAUCGUCUACGAUGUCGCACAAACAGUGCACGUUAAAGAACCAUUUACAAAUUAACCAUUUGAAAAAGAAUUAUUUCCACCAUUGCCCAUGAUUGACACAGGGAAGGAGAAAGUUGAUCUGUUGCGAGACCGGAGAGUAACAAAUAUACUUCGUAAACAGGGUAUGGAGAAGUGUAGUGUACCAUGGAUACGUUGUCAUGAUGGCGAAGAGGAGACCGGGAUAUUUAAUAUUACUGCUAUCGCCACCAACUCAAGUGGGCAAUAUAUUGUAGCAAACAAUUUCUCGACAAUCAAGGUGUAUGACAGCAGUGGCAAGUUUGUGCAAUGUUUCAGUCUUCCUCCUCUUAUUGAUGACAGCGGUGAAAAGCUAUCGAUGUAUUCGUGGUUUCGGCUAGCCACAGACAUGAAUGACAACAUUAAUGUCCUGGUCGAAGGAAUUAGUGGUGAGGACCAAUGCUGGAUUUUUAAGUUUAACAAAACCGCUGAUCAUCAUCACAAGUUUCGCGUCAGGACAAUGGGCUAUAAAUUUGACUGGUAUGAACUGUCGGUUAGUGAUAGUGGUACAGUGAUGGUACUGAAGAGUAAAUGGAGCAAGACACAUAUUGUGGAUGUUUAUGAGACUGAUGGUCAGUUUGUUUGCAGUUUUGGAGAACAAAUCUUGACGAGCCCCAGCGACAUCACCACUGUAAGUGAUGGCAGAGUUAUGGUGGUACAAGGACAAGGGCCUUCGUCACGUGUUCAUAUAUUUAGCGAACAAGGUGACUAUCUAAACACGUUUGAUCUGCAAAUAUCUAUGAAUUCUUCCUAUUGA